AUGCUGCUGCCAAACACCACCGAUCCCCAGUUCAGCACAGAAAGAAGCUCGACUUCUGACAACAACACCAUCUACUGGACUGGAUCAGAAACUAUGCCCCCCUGGCCACCCACCGGCUCCCCGCUGAUUGAUCCCAGAGGUCAGCCGUGGCCAUCUGAUGACAACAUGACUGAAAUGCUUCGGAUGGUUGGGCCUGGUGGCCCCUCUGGGCCUCCGAUGCCCAACACAGCAAUCUGCGACAUACUGUUCAACUUACCGGUACCGCCGCCCAUCGACCAGAUCCCUUUGUUCUGCAUCUGUUCGAAGUGUAAAGGAGCUGUGGGGCCCAAAGGAGAUCGAGGAGACCGAGGCCUUCCAGGUGAACCUGGGAGUCCUGGGAGAAAAGGACUGACCGGCUUCAAAGGUCUUCGAGGAUUUACAGGCCCUGAAGGGAUGAAGGGUCAGAAAGGAGACAUUGGGGACAAAGGAAUGCCUGGCAUAACUGGUUUCAACGGAUUAAAGGGAGACCGAGGAUUCAAAGGAGAAAAAGGUGACCAAGGAUCUAUGGGGAACCCUGGUGCAGAGGGCCCCCAGGGGGAAGCCGGCACAUGUCCAGCCACUUGUGACAGUGUCCCAGGUGAACCAGGUGAACAAGGCCCAACUGGACUAGUAGGAGCUCAGGGCCUGCCUGGGAUGAAGGGAUCUGAGGGACCCAAGGGUGUUAAGGGGGACAAGGGGGACUUAGGUAAACCUGGGGAAUCUGGUAUGAAUGGCCAGAAGGGGGAUCAAGGUGAGCAGGGAAUGUGUGAGUGCACUGAUGGGGCGGACGGUGCUGAUGGAAUGUCAGGAGAAAAAGGUGACAUGGGGGCCAAAGGUGACACUGGUCCAAAGGGUGAACAGGGCGUCAUGGGGCCAAAAGGCAACCAGGGUGAUAUGGGUGUCAUGGGGCCACGUGGUCCCUGCUCCCCUUUCAUCCAGUCGGCAUUCUCAGCAUCUACCAACGAGUCAUAUCCCGCUCCUGACUAUCCAAUUUCUUUCCCACGUGUUCUCACCAACCAGCAGGGGCACUUUGACCCAUCAAUGGGUAUCUACACGGCCCCUGUCAACGGUACCUAUGUCUUCUUCUUCCACCUUGCAGUUGCCAAGAAGCCACUUAAAGUUGGCAUUUUCCACAACUUCUAUCCUAAAGUCAAAGUGACAGAAGGAACCUACCCAUCCACCACCAGCCACAAGGUUGUCCUCCAUCUUGUGAUGAGAGACCGGGUAUGGAUGCAAGUCAAGAACAACGACACCAAUGGCAUGUACACUGACAAAGAAUACACCAGCACAUUCUCUGGGUUUCUGCUGCACCCCGACUCCUGUGAAUUUAUCUCGGGUCGAUCUCCCAACAUGCCGCCCCCAACUCCUGGAACCUACAGCUGGAAUGCCAGACUGCAACCAACACCUUCUGGCGCAAGUGACCAAGUGGCCACCGAGAUGAGGAAGGAAAUGCCCGUCAAGGGUGCCACCGAGAUGAUGAAGGAAAUGCCUGCUGACUCCCCCACCGACAGCGGCACCACUGAGAUGAUGAAGAAAAUGCCUGUCAAUGGUGCCACCGAGAUGAUGAACAAAAUGCCCACCAACUCCCCCGCCAUCAGCGGCGCCACCAAGAUGAUGAGGGAAAUGCACACCGACUCCCCCACCAUCAACGGCGCCACCGAGAUGAUGAAGGAAAUGCCCACCGACUCCCCCGCCCUCAACACUGCCACCAAGAUGAUGAAGGAAAUGCCUGUCAACGGCGCCACCAAGAUGAUGAAGGAAACGCAUGUCAACAGCGCCACCGAGAUGAUGAAGGAAAUGCCCACCGACUCCCCUGCCGUCAACACCGCCACCAAGAUGAUGAAGGAAAUGCCUGUCAAGGGCACCACCGAGAUGAUGAAGGAAACGCAUGUCAACAGCGCCACCGAGAUGAUGAAGGAAAUGCCCACCGACUCCCCCACUGUCAACACCGCCACCAAGAUGAUGAAGGAAAUGCCUGUCAACGGCGCCACCGAGAUGAUGAAGAAAAUGCCCAUCAACAGCUUCACUGAGAUGAUGGAGGAAAUGCCCACCGACUCCCCCACUGUCAACGCCGCCACCGAGAUGAUGAAGGAAAUGCCCGUCAAUGACGCCACUGAGAUGAUGAAAGAAAUGCCCACCGACUCCCCCACCGUCAACCGCGCCACCGAGAUGAUGAAGGAAAUGCCCGUCAAUGGCGCCACUGAGAUGAUGAAGGAAAUGCCCACCGACUCCCCCACCGUCAACCGCGCCACCGAGAUGAUGAAGGAAAUGCCCAUGAUGAAGGAAAUGCCCACCGAGUCCCCCACCGUCAGCGGCACCACCGAGAUGAUGAAGGAAAUGCCCGCCGAAUUCCCAACCACUGAUAGUGCAACCAAGAUGAUGACAGAAAGGCCCAUAAACCCUUUGCUGCGCAGCGGCAACUUGACCAAUGAUUUCAUAGAACUGCCCCAGCCCUGGGAUUGUGACAGAUUUCAAAUAGGACAUAUUCCACCUUCCUGCAUCUGUUCAUACUGCAAAAACAAAGUUGGGCCAAAAGGAGACCGUGGAGCCCGGGGCCUUCCAGGUAAACCUGGGAGUCCUGGGAAAAGAGGAUUGAUGGGAUAUAAAGGUCAACAAGGAUUCACAGGCCCUGAAGGGAUGAAGGGUAUGAAGGGAGAAAUGGGGGCUAAGGGAAUGAGUGGCAUCACUGGUUUCACCGGGACAAAGGGCCAGCGAGGAUUCAAAGGGGAGAAAGGGGACCUAGGAUCUAUGGGACCCCCUGGUGCAGAGGGCCCCCAAGGAGAAACUGGCACCUGCCCUGCCUGCCAAAGUGUCCCAGGUGAAAAAGGUGAAAAAGGUCAACCUGGUCCAGGUGGAGCCCAGGGCCUGCCUGGGAUGAAGGGAUCUGAGGGACCCAAGGGUAUGAGGGGUGACAAGGGGGACUUAGGUACAACUGGGGAACCUGGUAUGAAUGGCCAGAAGGGGGAUCAAGGUGAGCAGGGAAUGUGUGAGUGCACUGAUGGGGCGGACGGUGUUGAUGGAAUGUCAGGAGAAAAAGGUGACAUGGGGGCCAAAGGUGACACUGGUUCAAAGGGGGAGAAAGGACUUAUGGGGCCAAAAGGCAACCAGGGUGACACGGGUGCCACGGGACCGCAUGGUCCCUGCUCCCCUGUCAUCCAGUCGGCAUUCUCAGCAUCUACCAACGAGUCAUAUCCCGCUCCUGACUAUCCAAUUUCUUUCCCACGUGUUCUCACCAACCAGCAGGGGCACUUUGACCCAUCAAUGGGUAUCUACACGGCCCCUGUCAACGGUACCUAUGUCUUCAGCUUCCACCUUGCAGUUGCCAAGAAGCCACUUAAAGUUGGCAUUUUCCACAACUUCUAUCCUAAAGCCAAAAUGACAGAAGGAACCUACCCAUCCACCAUCAGCCACAAGGUUGUCCUCCAUCUUGCAAUGGAAGACCGUGUAUGGAUGCAGGUCAAGGACACAGAAAACAACGGCAUGUACACUGACACAGAAUACACCAGCACAUUCUCUGGGUUUCUGCUGCACCCCGACUCCUGCGAAUGGCCUUUUACCCGAUCUUUCAACAUGCCGCCCCCAACUCCUGGAACCUACAGCUGGAAUGGCACCACCACCACACCUCCUCCAAAUUAG